CGAGAUUCCAGUCAAUUGGCCUAUGCAAAAUACACAGAAUGGCUCUUCCUUUUUGUUUAGUUUUUCCACUGUUAUUUAUCUACCUUGUCUUCUCUUUUAAAGCUAAGGAGGGUUUCUACUUUCUACUUGCUGGUCUUCAAACCGGAGAAAAACACAAAUGGCUCUCUGUGGGUUCCUGUCAUUGGCUCUCCUCAGCUUUUCCUUCUCGAUUCUUCUGGUGGAGCAGCCUAAUCGAGCAUAUGGUUCGCGGCACGAUACCUUUGGAUUAGCAGGUGGAGCAUGGGAUCCUUAUCCAAGGUUCGGAUUGUGUGCGUCUUCCGUGAUCGUACAUGGGUACAAGUGUCGAGAAUUUGAGGUUACCACGGAAGAUGGAUACGUUCUUGGCAUACAAAGAAUCCCAGAGGGCCGUUCCGGAGGUGGUGGGAGAACUAAGCAACCUGUCUUACUUCAACAUGGUGUUUUGGUGGACGGAAUGACGUGGGUUAUGAAUUCACCCGAUCAAUCGCUGGCGUUCAUCUUAGCAGACAGUGGGUUUGAUGUGUGGAUUGCCAACACCAGAGGGACUAGAUAUAGCCGUGGCCACACUACUCUUGAUCCAGCUUCACAGGCUUAUUGGUUUUGGUCAUGGGACGAAUUGGUAUCAUAUGAUCUCCCGGCUAUAUUUGACUUCAUAUACCAUCAAACAGGGCAGAAGCUCCAUUACGUGGGCCACUCCAUGGGGACCUUAAUUGCGUUGGCGUCCGUCUCCCAAGGGAAGUUAGUGGACAAGUUGAGAUCAGCUGCCUUGCUAAGCCCAGUAGCCUAUUUGAGUCAUAUGACCACCGCCCUGGGCCUACUUGCUGCCAGAGCAUUCGUAGGAGAGAUAACGACCCUAAUCGGUUUUUCAGAGUUCAACCCAAAGGGGCAGCCUGUGGCAAACUUCCUCAAUGUUCUUUGUGCAAACCCAGGGGUCGACUGCUACGACUUGUUGACGUCCUUCACUGGCCAGAACUGCUGCCUUAACUCUUCCACCCUUGAUCUUUUUCUGAAGAAUGAGCCUCAGUCAACCUCAACCAAAAAUUUGGUGCAUCUGUCUCAGACGGUCCGGGACGGCAUCUUGUCGAAAUAUGAUUACGGGAAUCGAGAUUUGAACAUGGAGUAUUACGGGCAGGGAAGGCCACCCAUCUAUAACCUCUCCAACAUCCCGCGUAACAUUCCUCUGUUCGUCAGCUACGGAGGCCAGGAUGCGCUCUCAGACGUUCGAGACGUUGGGCUUUUACUCGACAGUCUUAAGUUCCAUGACGGCGACAAGCUCACCGUUCAAUUUAUCAGAGACUUUGCUCAUGCGGAUUUUAUCCUCGGAGUUUCUGCCAGGGAAAUCGUCUACAACGCUAUCAUCGCCUUCUUCAGACGUCAGUGAUCAGUCACUGUGAGAUGACCCAUUCCAAUAGAGGAACCAACCAAUGCUUGAUAGUUGAUAGUUGAUAGUCGAUAUAUACACACUCUACAUACGUAGUACAUAUAAUUAAUUGUAUUAAUUAUAAUUUACAACAACGGGACGAUGAAGAAGAGCACUAAUGCAAGCGCCACCCAAGACCAAGGGGAUUGGGUUGGGCUACACCUACACAUACGAUGACAUGUUACAGCGUGGGUUACUGUAAUUUUGUACCGAGACAAGAAGCAUCUUACCCUUACAAUUGAAAUUGGUUAUAUUGUAGCUGUUUGUAUAAGAUCUAAGCUUCUUGAUAUACAUGUAUGGUCCGUUUGGUUUGCAGUCAGAAACUCAGAAUUGUAAUUGAAA